AUGGAUGUAUACCAAAUAGAGCUGGAGGCACAGGCACAAAUCCGCUCCAAUCUUCUGGUCGAAACCUGUGUGAAGCACUCGUCGGAGCAGCAGCAGCAGCUCCAGGUCAAGGAAGAGGACCUUAUCAAGGAUUUCGCUCGAGACGAGGAACAGCUAAGCGAAGAGGAGGAGGAGGACGAGGACGAGGAGGAGGAAGAAGGCGAAGAAGAGGACGAGGACGACGAGGCAGAAUUGGAAGACGAGGACGAAGGCGAGGGAGCCCUGCUGCCGGCGGUCAAUUUUAAUGCAAAUUCAGACUUUAAUUUGCAUUUCUUUGACACACCAGAGGACUCGUCCACCCAGGGGGCCUACAGUGAGGCCAAUAGCUUGGAAUCCGAGCAGGAAGAGGAGGAGGAGCAGCCAAAACCUUCGCAGCAGCAGCAACAUCACCGGGAAUUGCAGGAUUGCCUAAGUGCCAUUGAAGCCGAUCCAUUGCAGUUGUUGCAGUGCGAUGAUUUCUACAGAACAGCAGCUCCCAUUGAGAGUGUUGCAGUUAGUUUAGGCCCACAGCAACAACAACAACUCACCCACCAGCAACAGCAGCAGCAGCAGCAACAACAACAACACCCUGGACAGCAGCAACAUCAGCUCAACUGCACGCUGAGCAAUGGUGGAGGUGCUCUGUACACCAUCAGCAGUGUGCAUCAGUUCGGUCCGGCCAGUAACCACAACAGCAGCAGUUCCCCCUCCUCCAGCGGUGCCCACUCAUCGCCGGAUAGCGGCUGUUCGUCGGCCUCCUCCUCCGGAUCAUCGGGAUCCUGUGGAUCCUCCUCCCACGCGGUCUCCUCCUCGUCCAACAACAACGCCAACAGCAACAACACCAACAGCAACAACAGCAACGUCAACCCCGCAGCAACAUCUUCAUCUGUUGCGCAUCUAAACAAAGAGCAACAGCAGCAGCAGCAGCAGCAACAGCAGCCACAGACGACGACACAGCUGCAACAGCAGCAGCAGCAGCAGCAACAACACCAACAGCAAUUGCAACACCCGCAGCAGCAAUCUUUUGGCCUAGCGGACAGCAGCAGCAACAACAACAACAACAACAGCAACGGCAGCAGCAGCAACAACAACAACAGCAACGGCGUCUCCUCGAAAUCAUUUGUGCCCUGCAAAGUCUGUGGCGACAAGGCAUCGGGCUACCAUUAUGGUGUAACCUCCUGCGAGGGUUGCAAGGGUUUCUUUCGUCGCAGCAUCCAAAAACAAAUCGAAUACCGCUGCUUGCGGGACGGCAAGUGUUUGGUCAUCCGGCUGAAUCGAAAUCGCUGCCAGUAUUGCCGCUUCAAGAAAUGCCUUUCCGCUGGCAUGAGCCGCGAUUCUGUACGUUAUGGUCGCGUUCCCAAGCGUUCCCGUGAGCUGAACGGAGCAGCAGCCGCCGCCUCCGCCGCCGCAGGCGCUUCUUCCUCCCUCAAUGUGGAUGAGACAACCAGCAACACUCUUCACCCGAAUCAACUACAGCAGCAGCAACAUCUCUUGCAACAACAGCAGCAACAUCAACAACAGCAGCAACAUCAGCAACUGCAACAGCAACCGCAUGUUAGCGGCGUCAGAGUGAAGACACCGAGUACUCCACAAACGCCACAAAUGUGUUCGAUCGCCUCCUCGCCAUCGGAGCUGGGCGGUUGCAAUAGUGCCAAUAACAAUAAUAAUAACAAUAACAAUAGCACCGGUAAUGCCAGCGGUGGCAGCGGCGUAAGCGUCGGUGUUGUUGUUGUGGGCGGACACCAGCAACUAGUGGGCGGUAACAUGGUGGGCGUGGGCAUGGGCACAGAUCUGGGCGGUGCCCAUCAUCAGGUGGGAAUGUGCCACGAUGGACUGGCUGGUUCGGCCAACGAGCUGACCGUCUACGAUGUUAUUAUGUGCGUUUCGCAGGCACAUCGCCUGAACUGCUCCUACACGGAGGAACUGACCAGGGAGCUUAUGCGUCGCCCCGUGACGGUGCCACAAAAUGGGAUUGCCAGCACAGUGGCAGAGAGUCUGGAGUUCCAGAAGAUCUGGCUGUGGCAACAGUUCUCGGCCAGGGUGACGCCCGGCGUGCAGCGGAUUGUGGAGUUUGCGAAACGCGUACCUGGCUUCUGUGAUUUCACCCAAGACGACCAGCUCAUACUCAUUAAGCUGGGCUUCUUCGAGGUCUGGUUGACACACGUGGCCCGGCUGAUAAAUGAGGCAACGCUGACACUGGACGAUGGAGCCUAUCUGACGCGCCAGCAACUCGAGAUUCUCUACGAUUCUGACUUUGUUAACGCCUUGCUGAACUUUGCCAACACACUGAACGCCUAUGGACUGAGUGACACCGAGAUCGGGCUCUUCUCGGCCAUGGUGCUGCUGGCCUCCGAUCGAGCUGGACUGAGUGAGCCCAAAGUGAUCGGCAGGGCCAGGGAACUGGUGGCCGAGGCAUUGCGCGUCCAGAUCCUGCGUUCGCGGGCAGGAUCACCGCAGGCACUGCAACUAAUGCCAGCGCUGGAGGCCAAGAUACCCGAGCUUAGGUCCCUGGGGGCCAAGCACUUCUCACACCUAGACUGGCUGCGGAUGAACUGGACCAAGCUGCGCCUACCGCCCCUCUUCGCCGAGAUCUUCGACAUCCCGAAGGCCGAUGACGAGCUGUAGGAUGGGGGAUCCAAGCGAUUCCAGGGCCGUGCAAAGCAAACCGCAACAAACAAAAAAAAGAAAAGUUAUUCUAUCACUUGUAGGCUUAAGCAACGUAGCUAUAGAAAGAAAGAUGGGGGGGCCGGAGAUCAGAUACACGUCUACUCAGCAUUACUGGAGAUAGUUCACUAAGCCUAUAUGCAUAUUACACUAUAAACUAGCAGUGUUAGAGCGACUAGGACUCCCCGCUGAACAUAUCCAUGCGCAAACAUAAAUUAUUUAUUUCAUUGUUGACUCAUCAAGCUCCCACUCCGAGACACCACAUCACAUCACCACCAGCACUCCUAACCAAAAUUGAAAACAAAAAAAAAAUGAAAAAGGAAAAUUCACCAUUGGCCAGAUAUCCAAGGCAUCUAUUUAGAACUCGACUGAAGAGCGAGCGUUAAAGUUCGAUAAAUACUGGUUUUUUAAAUAAUAUUAACUACUAUAAACGAUAUCGGAUAUAUGUGUACGUUACAUCUAGAGAUACGGACCUAGCGUAGUCGAAAAGCAAAAAGACCCACUUCGUUUGCUUGCAAAAGUUGGAGAGAUCCCAUACGAUAUAAUAUAUAUACAUAUUCAAAAUGAUAAAUGAUAAAUGAUAAAUGAUAAAUCAUUAAUGAUAAAUCUAAAUCCUAGUUUAAACCAUUUCGAAUUGAAGAUCGAUGCGUUUAUUGUAUCUGCGUGUAAAUAAAUUUAAAUUAAUUUUUUAACAUUAAA